ACGUUGCGGGUCACAGGUCACGUGUCCAUGCUGCACGGCGGAACAACACGAGCAGCAUGAGGUUUUGAAUCAUUUCGAUCGUGAGAUGAUAUUCUGAUCGCAAAUCAAACAAUAGUUUAUAAGUAACACGUUACACGAUCAUGGCGGAUCUGAAGAUCAACAAGAGCUUCGCAGAGCAUUAUGAUAAAUAUCGGAGAAAGGAGGAACUGCAGAAACUGAAGGACCGAUUUGGGGACGAGGAUGAGCAGAAUUCAUCAGACUCCUCUGAUUCUGACACAGAUGAGAGUGUAGUGGAUCUGGACCCAAAGCUUGACAGGGAUUUCUACAGAACCCUCUCGCUAUUGAAGAAAAAGGAUCCAAAGAUCUAUCAGGAAGAUGCCUUGUUCUAUUCGGAGGAAUCAUCUGAAUCAGGCGGUGCAGAAAAGCCAUCCACUUCGAAAAAGUCAGAGAAGCCCAUGUUCUUGAAGGACUAUGAGAGGAAGAUCAUACUGGAGAGAGGAGGAAAAUACGAUGACGAUGAGGAUGACAGCGAUGGAGAAGGUUCCAAACAGAUGCGGGAGAGAGCUGCAUCUCCGACCUACAUCCAGGAACAGAAGGAGCUAAGGAAGAGCUUCCGAAAGUUUCUUCAUGGCAGUGACGAUGAGGGCAGCGAUAAAGACGAAGAGCUGCUGAGACGAAGAACCAAAACACAAGUGGAGAAGGACAAAGAAGAGGCUGACUAUGUGGAAUGGCUGAAGGGUCAAUCAGAGGUGGAGGAAAAGGAGGAAGUUGUGGACAUGAAAUUCUUGCGGGAUUACUGGAACAACCCUCAGCUGGAUGAGAAAGAGACUUUCCUUCGAGACUACAUGCUUAACAAAGGCUACCUGGAGGAUGAUGAGCGGAGGAUCCCCACCUAUAAUGAGGUGGUGCAGGAGGAUGUGGAUGACUCCGAGGGAGAGGGAGAGUUUUUUCUGAAGAAGCAGGAGGACUUUGAGAGGCACUAUAACUUUCGAUUUGAGGAGCCUGACGCUGAAAAGAUCAAGACAUAUCCUCGCAAUAUUGCCACCUCUGUCCGAAGCAAAGAUGAGAAAAGAAAGAGGAACAGAGAAGAGGUGACCGAAAGGAAGAAAAAGGAGAAAGAACAGAAACAGCAGCAGCUGAAGGAACUAAAGAACCUGAAGCGUGCGGAGAUCAUGGAGAAGCUGAAAACACUCCAGGAGCUGACAGGAAAUGACCAGAUGGCUUUCGAUGAGGUCGACCUGGAGGGAGAUUUUGACCCACAGAAGCACGACAAGCUCAUGCAGACGUUCUUUGACAAUGAAUACUACAAUGAGGCUGAGGAUGAGAAACCACAGUUUGUUGAUGACGACGAUGAAGGUAACUGGAACUGGGACACAUGGAUAGGAGAAAACGAAGAAGAGUCUGUUAAAAAGGAAGAUUAUGAUGCAGAAGAAAGCCAUGAGCCCAACUGUGAGGAUCCAGAUUUUAUAAUGGAUGAUGACUAUGACCCCAGUCAACAGCCAUCGUCUAAGAAGAAGAGAAAAAAGGAGAGAGAGGAGAGAAAGAAAAUGAGCAAAGCUGAUGCUCCUCUCAUGGGAAAAAAUAGGAAGAAGUCUCAUUUUGCGGAGAUCAUUUCCAAUAACAAGCCGGUCUUUGAUCCAAUGGAGAAGACCUUUGAGCAGUAUUUGGAUGAGUACUAUAAACUGGAUUAUGAGGACAUCAUUGAUGAUCUGCCGUGCAGGUUUCGCUACAGAGAGGUUGUGCCCAAUGACUUCGGACUGACCACCAAUGAGAUCCUGAGUGCCGAAGAAAGAGAGCUAAACAGCUGGUGCUCACUGAGAAAGACAUGCAUGUAUAGGGCUGAGACAGAGGAACUCCGUGAAGUGAAUAACUUUAAGAUCAAAGCAAUGAAUGCCAAAAAGAAAGAGCAAGUGUUUAAGUCACUAUACAACGAGAACACAGGUGAGGAGCCGACGGGGGGCAAAGUGAAGGUUGGUAAGAAGAGGGAUCGCCUCAUGAGGUCAGAGGAGAAGAAAAAUCUCACAGAAGAAAAACCUGAAAGCGCUACUGCAGACGCUGUAGAUCCAACAGAAGCCCAAAACAUUAUGGACGUGGUUGCCAUGGAUGAAGAAAAGGAGGACGAGAAGUUCCUAGUACCUAAGAAGAAGAGAGUGAAAGUGGAAAAAUCUCCUACAGCGCAGCAUGAAGACAUGCCAACACAAAAGACUGAAAAACCUCAAGGAUCCAUAAAGAAAAGCAGACGCCCUGGUGGACGGCUUAUUUCUAGGUCCUUGCUGAAGAUGGGAGGCAGAGAGUUCAGUAGACAGAGACUCAGAGCAUAUGGGCUGAAUCCAAAGAGGCUUCAUUUUAGAGAGCUGUACAGAAGCAAGAGAAUAGUGCGAGAAAAAAAGGAGAAGCAAGAGAAAAAGAGCAAAUAGUGCUGCUGAAAUGACCAGCAUUUUCUCUCAUCUGUAUAAUACGAUUGAUUUUGUCAUAUUGAAAGUUUGUUCAUGAGGGACCAGUUAUCAUGGGGGGUUUUUUAUGUACCCCUUGACAAAGUUUUAACAAGUUUUAGUUCAACAAACUUUUGUUUUGAGUGUUCGUGGUUCAGAAUUAACGGUGUAUCCUAUUACUCAAACAAGAGUAAAGAAAAAAGAGUUGUUAAACAUGACCCUUAACGUUCUUCAUCUGUUCUCUUGAUGUAGUGUCACGUGUAAAAAAUAAAAAUGGGUUCCUGUUGGGAAAUCAGUACCAUUGUACAUUUUUACAGUUUGACUUAUUGUUAAAAAAAUAUGUUAAAUAAAGAAUUUAUAAGCCUCUGA